CAGUUGGCCAACAUCGUGGAGAGCAUCCGGCAGUUGGGGUUGCGAGGGGGCCCGGGGACGGAACCGGGGACCCCGCUCUGCGCUCAGCACGACGAGCGCCUCAAGCUCUUCUGCGAGGAGGAUGAGGAGGCCAUCUGCGUGGUGUGCCGGGAGUCCCUGCACCACCGCCCGCACACCGUCUACCCCAUCGAGGAGGUCACGCAGGUGUACAAGGUCAAACUCCAGAAAUCCCUGGAGCAUCUUUUGAAGGAAGUGGAGGAUGUGAAGAAGUGUGAGUCAGUGGAAAGGAUGAAAACCCAGGAAUGCAAGGAGACGGUGAAGAAAAAGCGGGAGAGGAUUGUGAGCGAGUUCGGGAAGCUGCAUCGGCUGCUGGCCGAUGAGGAGAAGCUGCUGCUCCAGAAGCUAGAGGAGGAAGAGAAGCGGAUUCUGCUGACGAUCAAUGAAAACCUGGCCAGGCUGGUGGAGCAGAUGUGCUUGCUAGAGGAGCUGAUCCUGGAGAUAAAGGAGAAGACCCAGCAGCCAGCUGAUGGGCUGCUCAAGGACAUGAAAAGCAUCCUGAGCAGGUGCGAGGGGGUAAAGUUCCAGUCCCCCAAGGCUGUGUCCGUGACCCUGCAGGAAAACUACAGCAUCCCCGAGUGCUGCCUGGGCAUGAGGGACAUGCUGAAGAUGUUCAAAGUGGACGUGACUCUGGACCCUGAGACGGCGCACCCUGAGCUCAUCCUGUCCGAGGACCGCAGGAGUGUGCGGCGCGGGAGUAAGAAGCUGCUUCCGACCUUCUUUGACAGCUCCAAGAGGUUUGGCACUGCUCCGGUGGUGCUGGGCAGUCAGGUCUUCUUCUCAGGCCGCUGGUACUGGGAGGUGCAGGUGGGAGACAAACCUGAGUGGGGCUUGGGGCUGUGCCAGGAGGCUGCCAGCCGGAAAGGCAACGUCCUCUUCUCCCCAAACAACGGCUACUGGUUGCUGCGGCUGAAAAAUGGGGGCAACUAUGAGGCUCUCACCUCACCCGUUUCCCCACUGACCCUGAGCGUAAGACCCCGGCGCAUCGGGAUCUUCCUGGACUACGAGGCGGGAGAAAUCUCCUUUUACAACGUGAGCGACCGCUCCCAUGUUUACACCUUCACUGACAAGUUUUCAGGGAACCUCCGGCCUCUCUUUUUCCUGGGUGCCUUUCUGGGGGGCAGAAACGUAGAGCCCUUGGUGAUCUCCUGGGUCAGGGACACGCAGGGGACCGGGUGCAUCAUCCUGUGA